AUGACAAAUAGAUUUGGACAAUCAUUGGUAGUUGAACCAACGGUAAAAACAUCAUCAUCAUUCUUUGAUUACAAUUGUACACUGCCACUUGGAUUUGGUGUCAAUGAUGGGGAUAUAUACUUGUCGGUCUAUGGGUUGAGAGACAAGUUGGAUAAUCUGAUUGGAUACUCUACUUUGAGGUUAGAGACUUCUGGAUUCACUUCAAUGAUUCAAGUUGGUUAUUCAUUGGAUAUUCCAUCGAUUACAGGUGUAGAAGGGUUCUAUAGUUAUCCAUCAAACGUGCCUGUACAGACUGAUAUCGAGAUUAUCACUAUUCGUGGAAAAGGGUUUGGUGAUAAUGCACAACAACUCGUUGGAGUGAUCGAGUAUGGUAAUGGUACCAGUCAACUACACACGAUUACCAUGGCACAUCACAUCAUGGUGUUUAUGGAGUAUAAUCCUAGAUUGGCGGUUGUUGAUCGUCCAGUUCGCGUCACUUUGAGACGAACUGCGACCGAUAACGUGGAGCACCCCUUCACUGUCAUGCCAAUCCAGCUCCCACCACCACUUUUAUCCGUAUUUGUGCCCACACCAACUGCAUGUUCUCCGUCCCCAUCGUCGUCGUCGGUCAACUGCACUGGCAAUGGACAGUGUACAUUUGACGGUUGCCUGUGUAAUUCGGGAUGGUCAGGAUUCUUUUGUGAAUCGACCGUCAUCAAUGUCGAUCAACCAACAUUCAACCAAACAUCACCAAUCAUUGAUAUUAUAGUCAAAGAUAAUGCAACCACAGUCAUUCGAUCAGUCAUUGCAGUUGUAGCAAUUAGAGAGUUAACAAUGGACGGAACAGUAUUCCAAGAGUACAUACCAAAGAUUUGGACAUUAAAUGUUACAACUCCAAAUAAUAUUAAUAAUACCAACUCUUCAAUUGAAUUAAAAUAUCAAACCAUUCUACAACAAACAAAAACAUUAGUUAAAGUAACGAUUGAAUGGUUUGCAGUUGACAGUCAAGUAGAAUUUGCCAAUCAAACCAUAAAUAUACCUGCAACAAGUACAAAGAUUUCUAUUGGUAUUUCAGCGUAUCCAUUUGACACUGUUACGAAUACUCUACAAGUGGUGUUAAAGACUUCGGUUGAGGCAACCUAUGAUUCUGAAUGUUCAUCUAGAGAGUAUGGAUAUGGUGGAGACAAACAAAACAAUUUAGAUUGGAUAAAGUUAAAUAUCGAUGACAAAAGUCUUUGGGGUCAAUUUAUUAGAAGAGGAAUUCUAGAUGAUAGAAUAGCAACUAUCAACAAUCAAAUUUUAACAGAUUACAUUGACAAUAGUACAUCUUCAUCUUCAUCCUCCUCACCAUCAUCAUCAUACACAACAAAUUAUAUUGGGUUGGAUGUACCUUAUUACAAUACAUAUGUUCAACUUGAUCCAAAUUUCGUUCACUUGAUUAAUGUCGAUGGUGGAGGAGGAGAUAUGAGCGAUUCAACUUGCAAGACACCUACCAGUGGAUUGACAAUUGGUCAAAUAGCAGGCAUAGUAGUUGGAUGUAUUGUAGCUGCUGCCAUUGCCAUCGCAUCAACUAUGUAUAUCAUAAGAAAAAGGAAAUGGAACAAAUCUAAAAAGAAAAUGGAUCUAAAAUUAAAAAGAGCCAGUACUUCGUAA